CAUGUCGAAGUCAAAGUUCGAAAAUCCUCCUGCCGCUGCAGAAUCAGAAACUCGUGAGCCAGAAUCGACAUUGGGAACCAAAAGAGGGAGGAAGAGGAAGAGGAAGGGUAAUGGCCAGGCAGACGCCGAGGUGAUUGAAGAGAAUGCGAAGAAAGGCACCGGAAAGUCGAUCAAGUUCGACGAGCCAACGCAGCAUGUAGAGGCCCCAAUAGAAAAGCCUGAAGAACCUACGCCGAAGCUAAAAACGAUACCGGGGCCAAAACCUCAGGUGGAGCCAAAAUCGCAACCUCAGCAAACACCUCACGAAUCUGCCAAAGGACCAAAGAAAGAUAAGCCGGACCAUGGUCAACGGCCAAAUGAGAAACAGCGCAAAAAAAAUCUGGAAAGUCGCGGACCACCUCCUUCACGCAACAGCCAUGUACCACCACAUCUUGUGAAGAAACGGGACGAGUUGUUACAAACUCGACAAACGCUUCCCAUAUGGCCACACGCGGAUCCCAUACGGGAACGGCUGCGUAAAAACAACAUUCUCGUGUUGACUGGUGAGACGGGUUCUGGAAAGUCGACUCAAGUCCCCCAGUUUCUGAUCUCUGAGCCAUGGUGUACCAAGACGAUUGCGAUCACCCAACCACGCCGAGUCGCUGCAAUAUCCUUGGCGCGCCGUGUCGCCGAGGAAAUGGGUAGCUACUUUGGAAACCAGAGUCCAGCAGCAAAGGUCGGCUAUAGUGUUCGUUUCGACAACGCCACAGGACCAAGCACCAAGGUCAAGUUUCUGACCGAAGGUAUGCUUCUGCAGGAAGUCCUUCGAGAUCCGGAUAUGAACCAGUACAGUGCAGUGGUCGUAGAUGAAGUCCACGAAAGGAGCGUUAACGUCGAUUUAAUACUCGGAUUUCUGCGGAAUCUGGUGGCUGAGAUUGAGAAAGGAAGUAGUAGACGCAAGCAACCCCUCAAAGUUGUCAUCAUGAGUGCUACAGCAGAUGUGGAGGGUUUAGUGAACUUCUUCGCUGAGGGUUUCGCCAAGAACUCUGGUCAGCCAGCCUUACCCGAGGCCGACAAAUUUAUCAGCAAGUGCUUUGUCGAAGGACGCCAAUAUCCCGUCAAGACACAUUAUCUGCCCCAGCCAAGCAUGGACUGGGUCGAAUCAGCACUCAAAAUCAUUUUCCAGAUCCACUACAAGGAGCCAUUGCCUGGAGACAUAUUGGUCUUUCUAACAGGCCAAGAUAAGAUUGAAGGGCUUGAAAAGCUCGUCAAUGACUACGCAGAAGGAAUGGAUAAGGAAAUGCCAAAACUACUCGCGCUCCCUCUGUUCGCUGCGCUGCCACAGCAAGCCCAGCAACGCAUCUUUCAGCCUACCCCACGACACACACGCAAAGUGAUUUUGGCCACCAAUAUAGCUGAAACUUCCGUCACUGUUCCCGGCGUUCAGUUCGUGAUCGAUUGUGGCAAGUCCAAGAUCAAACAAUUCCGCAGCAGACUAGGUUUGGAGUCUCUUCUUGCAAAAUCUGUGUCCAAGUCUGCAGCUAUCCAGCGCAAAGGUCGUGCGGGACGUGAAGCGCCAGGUCAAUGCUAUCGACUAUACACCGAAGCCGACUAUAAGACGUUGGAAGAAAGAACCACGCCCGAGAUCCUGCGGUGCGAUCUCGUUCAGGCUAUUCUGACAAUGAAAGCUCGUGGUGUCAACGAUGUGCUUAACUUUCCUUUCUUGGAUAAACCGCCGGUAGAGUCGCUCAAAGAAGCUUUAUUCCAACUUCUAAGGCUCGGCGCAUUGAAAGCCGAUGGCACUAUCAGCGACAUGGGACUGCAGAUGGCAAAGUUGCCUGUCACCCCAAAGCUGGGCCGUAUUCUACUCGAGGCUGCAAGGCCCGAGAAAGACUGUCUGCUCGAUGUCAUCGAUAUCAUAUCGGCAUUGAGCACUGAGGACAGCAUCUUCUUCAACGUUGUUACAGAAGAGAAGAAAGAAGCCGCCGAGGAAGCACGAAGGGAUCUUUACCGUCGCGAGGGAGAUCACUUAACUUUCCUAGCGACUGUCCAGCAAUACGCAGACGAGGAAACUGACAGAAGAGCAUGGUGUGACAGACAUUUUGUAUCACACCGCGCCAUGCAGAACGUAAUGAACAUCCGCAAACAACUCCGCCAGCAAUGCCAGUCCCUCAAACUGCUUACCCCGGCCGAUCUCAGCAAAGAAUCUUCAUCUUCCUCGCCAAAUACCGAUGCGAUUUUGACCUCGCUUCUCCGAGGCUUCGUUUCUAACACAGCACGUCUCGCGCCCGACGGUAGUUACAAGACGUUUGUCGGCAACCACACUGUGUCCGUACACCCCAGCAGUGUUCUCCAUGGAAGAAAGGUGAAAUCAGAAGCGAUUGUAUUUAGCGAGUUUUUGUACACGAACAAGGCCUAUGCGAAGAAAGUCAGUGCGGUGCAGAUGAAUUGGGUCGAGGAUGUUAUGAAGGAAGCAUUCGGCAUCUAA